AUGCCGUUCGCUAAAAGGAUUGUGGAGCCGCAGCUCCUGUGCAGGCACCAGAUCCCCAACGAUGAAGGUCUGCUUUUCGAGGACCUGUGUGCCAUCAGUAACGUGGUUCUGUCCCGGACCUUGCGACAGCUGUCCGACCUGGCCCGGCACGCCUGCUCCUUAUUUCAGGAGCUGGAAAACGACAUCAUCAGCACCAACCAGCGGGUCUGGGUCCUCCAGAACAAAAUAGGCCAGAUCCAGCAGACUGCCUGUGCCCUAGACCCGAAAAAGGAGGCAGUGCCGGUGUCAAACCUGGACAUCGAGAGCAAGCUGUCCCUUCACUAUCAGGCUCCGUGGCACCAGCAACACAACAUCUUUCACCCCUGUACCCGACCGCCAUGUCUGGAGGAGCUGCACCGAAGCGCUCAGCUCAGCCUCAGAGCCCUGAACCGAGACGAACACCAGAGCCAACGCUCCACGAGCCGCGAGAGAAACAGGGUCACCAUCUCCAUCUCAGUGGCGCCACCUAUGCCCACAUUUCCCUCACCACACUCCAUACGCCGGCAACAGAGGAGUCGCCUGGCUCGAGCGCAAGAGAGAGCAGAGAGGGAGCGAGAGUUAGAAUAUCAGCCCAGGAAGGAGAGGACGGUGAAAGAAACGGAGAUCCAGACGAUCCAGAGAAAAGAGAGAGCAGGGAGAGACGCAGAUAAUCAGACGAUCCAAAGAAAGUUUGAGUGCUUUUACUCACUUCACCCUGUUGAGGGUUGCAUCUUCAUUCCCUGGAAUAGAAAGGCUACCUCUGCAGACGAAGGUGAAGGUGGUGAGCUCCUGGGAGGCCACAGAGCCAAGGCCUCAGGUCCGAAUGCCCCCUCGACCCAGGAUAAACAGACCAACUGGUCCAAGGAACACCACCCACCAUCAGAUCAGAACGACUCUCACGCCAUCUCCUCGUGCAUUAUCCCCAUUAACGUCACAGGAGUUGGGUUUGACAGGGAAGCGAGUGCUCGUUGCUCGCUGGUCCAUUCCCAGUCGGUUCUUCAGAGGAGGAGGAAGCUGAGGAGGAGGAAGACUAUCACAGGAAUACCCAAAAGAGUACAACAAGACAUUGACUCAGAUGAAUCACCCGUAGCAAGGGAGCGCACAGUGAUCGUCCAUGCCAACCCGCACCAACUCUCUCUCUGUCAGGAAGACCUCUCUAUCAGUGGUCGCCUCCAUCACACUCGUGACUCUGGCUGCCAGACAGAUGAUUUCCUUAUAGCAUGUACAGCUGCUCCCUCCAGAAGACGCAUCAGAGCACAGCGAGGCCAUCAGGGAAUCCCUGCUUCUCUGUCCCACUCGACCGGGAACAUUUCCUCUCUGGGCGAGCAGUCAGACUCCACGUACACCAGCGCUACAGCUCACGGUGUGAGACUGCGCUCUCGUAGCUUACCACGGGAAGGUGGACGCCUGAUGGACAGCGACGAGGACGACGAUGACAAUUAUGAUGAUGAUGACGAAGAUGAGGAGCUUUCACCUUAUGAGGCAGAGGACUUUAUUCCACCUGGCCCAAGUCCAAGAAUGAAGAUGAUGAUGAUGAUGAAGGAUGAGGAAGAGAGCACGGAUGACCAGGCAGCUCCUGAACCACUGCAACUUGGAAGUCUGAAACGGUUGCAGCGGUCGGGAGAAAGGGACAGAGGAAACGGAGGAGGAGGGAGUCCAGAGCAUAGCUGGAUGGAGAGGGGUCGUUCUCGCUUGCCACGCAAGGCUGACAUGGGCAGCUGUGAGAUUUCAUCAAGUUCAGAUACUUUCAGCAGCCCGAUUCACUCUGUGUCUACAACAGGGGUCCUCGGCAGCCAUGUGGACCAUAAAGAGGACCACCAGUCGUCGAGUGGAAACUGGAGUGGCUCUAGCUCGACCUGCCCUUCUCAGACAUCUGAAACCAUACCCCCACCCUCUUCUCCACCUCUGACAGGCUCAUCCCACUGCGACUCAGAGCUGUCACUCAACACUGUGCCCAAUGCCAUUGAUGAAGGAUUCUCCCUGGAUCCAUCUUACCACUCUGACCUCAGACCACAGGGACAGGGACACAGGUCAAGCUCAUUCACAUCCUCAGCCACAGAUCAGCUGGAUGAUGCAGGGGUCAGUACUGCCAGUGAGGGGGAAUGGACAUACCCCCAAGACCAAGACCAGACUGAUCCUGACCAUGACCUUGACCAGACUCAAAGCAUUGGCCAGAGCCAUGGGUUAUCCCAGGAUUACAGCUCCAAACAAGGUCUUGAAGACCACAUCUGUUACAACGACAAGACGAGCAACACUGAAAAGGACUCUGGCUGUCAUUACCCAUCGGAUUCAGAGGGUUUCUAUUCCUCCUCUUUGCAUUUUGGGGAGUAUAAUCCGAGUUACAGAGGAUACAUGUAUAACUAUGCAGACCCAGGGCCUGACUGUGGCCAAACCAACACUGUGGCAGCACCACUAUCCCACGGAGUCUACCCCCCACCCUCAGCUGAUUUCAGAGCAGGCACUAUGACCCUGGGGAGGACAUGUCGUCCACUAAGAAAACCCAAAGUAAAACCUCCACCACCAAAACGGACAACAUCGCUAAAGGAGACUGGCAGUAGUGUUGAUGUUGGAACAGACACACAGACGGAUCAGGAUCAACCAAAGACGGUUAGUGAACAAGAACUUACAUUGUCUUCCACAGAUAUGAAGCUGGAGCUUGAACUAGAGGUUGGAGGUGCUCCAGAACCAUUGCAGACAUCUUGUUUAGUGGCAGAGCCUUUGGGAACCUGGGGAAUGGGGCUUGGUGAAUCCGUGGACAUUGUGGAGCCCAUGUCCUUCAGCUCUGCAGAUACCCACUCGUUUAAGGAUGAAGGUGCUGUGCAAUCUGACUAUGCAGACCUGUGGCUUCACAACACUGAGCUCAAGUCCAACAAUGGUGAGUACACAUCCAUGUCCAACUCAAGCACAGCCACAGGCACUACAGUCAUGGAGUGUAUAAAGUCACCAGACAGCUCUUCCUCCUCCACAGAAACUCAAACCCUGGCCCCUGCUCAGGCAGAAACUAGGGCAACUAGUCCACCACUACCACCUGGAGACUUCAAACUUGGCUCACCUGAAAAGUUAGCUGGCCUGGCCUCACCUUCGAGUGGCUACUCCAGCCAAUCAGAGACUCCAACAUCAACCUUGCCCUCAUCUUCGGCUGCGUUCUUCCCAGGACCUCUGUCUCCCUCAGCUGGCAAGAGGAAGCCCAAAGUGCCCGAGAGGAAGUCUUCUCUCUCUUCCCUGCAGCACUUCCCCAGAGACGGGACUUCCAUUUCCUCUGGAUAUAAGAGAGAUCCAGACUUCCCACCUCCACCAUCUCAACUUGAUCUCAAUGUUCUUCAUGGCGGUUAUGUCAGACACACACUAUCCCACCGGACACACCACAUGCACACGCUCCACCACAGCAAACACAGGGUAGGAAAUGUUUUAGUCCCUGCAACAAAGUUACUGGCCCCUGAGGGAUCAAAUAACAACCCAUUGCUAAGUUCAAACUCUGCUCUAACAAUUCCCAGCGCCAACCUUUUGGCAAUUACUCCCUCUGCUCUCCGGUCAGUGCAGCUCCAUUCUGUUAGCCAAUCAACAGACAGUGUGACCGCUGCAGACCAGGACACAGCAAGUGGAGCAGAGACUGUUACGAGACCUAAAUGUCCUCCUAGUGGUUCCACUCUUGCUCCACCACCCGUUAACCCCAGGCCUCUCCCUCCCCGCAGACCACCCCCCAGACCCCCAAUCCAUGACCAUAUCUCUUCUCCUGAACACUCAACACAUCCUCUCCCUGGCCGGCAUCCUGAUGGGCCUCCAUCCUAUGAAAGCCUGCUGUUCAGACAGGACCGCUAUGGACCAGGAACCUUCUGGUCUAUGACAGCCUUCAGAGCUCGGAUGGACCCAGCGGCUGAUCUCUCAGAGGACAGCUCACCCCUACAUCGUCCUGUUCCCCGAGCUCCUCACCCUUCUCCUGUCGAUCUACACACACACAUUCACUCACACACUGAGUUCAGAGGGCUCACCCACUCAGCUCAUUCACACCCUGAGUUCAGGGUUUUGGGGGAACGCUCGUUCUCCCAAGAUGAUGAUGACGAUGAAGACGAGGAGGAGGAAGAGGAAGAGCAGGUGAAAGAGCCACCAAGGCCUGCAUGUCCCAGAGGGGGCAUGCGUUCUGACCACCAUCCUCCUCCAGCGUAUGAGUUUGCUGGGGGAUCCCACUUAGACUCAGGGCCCUGGGCUAGUCCAGUCAAAGUGCCUGGUAACACAUUUGAGACAUCGCAUCCUUACUUAAUCAGCGAUGCAAGGAAAGGAGGACACGAAGAGCAGGAAGAAGAGGAGGAAGUGACAUCAGGUGCUACCAGAAGUGCCCAUCAGCAGCAGCUACAGGAGGGCAAAGAUGACUCGACCACUCCUGAUACUGAGGAUUACUUCAGCAAAGAUUCCACGCCGAGUGAUAACUCGCUCUCCCCCAUGAUGGAUGACACCAGAGUGGACGAAGAUAUUAUGAUGACAUCGCCCACAAAGACCCGUACAACUGAGGACCUGUUUGCAAUGAUCCACAGAUCCAAAAGAAAGGUCCUGGGCCGGAAAGAUUCAGGAGACUUAAAUGCUAAGUCUCGUCUCUGCCCGACAGCACCGGUGCCCCCUGUCGCCACUGUCAUUAUCCCGCCAGCCCCUCCUCUCAACAUCACAGCCCCCGUGGCCACAGCGGCUGGGUCACAACGAGCCCCCGUGCCAAUCUACCGCAGCGCCAAGAAAUCUAGCACGUCCAACGAGGAGUUUAAACUCCUCUUACUCAAGAAGGGUAGCAGGUCUGAUUCCAGUUACCGCAUGUCAGCGACAGAAAUUCUUAAGAGCCCGAUCACCCCUAAAACCCCUGGGGAGUGUGUUCAGGAAGGACCCUUUAGACAGGCCGAGGAACCGUCCUGUACCCUACCAGAACCCCUACUCCCUGGCUUUGAUCAAAUCCAGAUACCAGGCCUUUUUCCCAGGGCGAAUUCUGAGAGUUUCACCCCGAAAACCCUUCCCAUGUCAGCUGCGUCUCGACAGGGACGUUCUCGGAUCCCACCUGUAGCCAACAGCAGCCGCUACAGUACACGCAGCCGCCUCUACACAGCCCCAAUGCAAGCCAUUUCUGAAGGGGAGACAGAGAACUCAGACGGGAGCCCCCAUGACGACAGAUCCUCUUAAAGCCACCUGAAGAGAGAUGUCCUCUCUUCUAGCUGUGUCCUACAUUUGAGACAGUCCCUUCUGCUCUUAUUUUUAAUAUUGGAUAGAUGUGUCAUUGAGGCCAAUACAGUAACUGUUCUGACACACAAAACCUGACCGUGGCUGAAAUGGACCCCGGUCUCGGAUCAACAAUUCAAUCUAAGGGUGUCAGAGAGUGUUGGGAGAAGCUGAACCAUAAAGCGAUGAUCAUGAAAACUUUUAAGGAUAUAUCUAAAUACUUCAUCAAAAACACUUCAUAGUAAAAGGAAAAUACUAAAGUACUAAGACCUAUUUUGAUUGAACUGUCUUUUCUAAAAAACAUUUAAAAACAGUCCCAAAUAUUUGUUAAAUUACGAUGAGAAAUUUUGUGGGGUACAUUCAGUGUGCUUGUGCAUGAACAAGCUCAUCCACUGAUAUUUCUACUUCUUGUGUUUUGAAUGGUGUGGAUGUGUUUGUGUCCAAGAGGAACUGCUUUCUUAUUAAAAUACAAAAAAAAUCUGAUGAAAUUUAAUACUCUUUUAACUUUGGUGCCCAAAGCAUUGGCCAAACUUCCUGAG